AUUUGUCGGAACGUAAGAUGCAGUAGAACCCAUGAAGGUGAUCAUCUUAUCCGUGCACUGGUGAAUUGGGCUCCUGAAUUAUUACGUGUGCAAGACAUUCUGCUCAAACUUCCUUUACAUCUUGCUGUUGAGAAAGGCCAAGUGGAUAAUCGAAAAAAGAUACUUAGGAAAUUUCUUGAGGUAGAUGUUCUAUCACCAGUCUUUAUUACACCUCUCAAAGAUGGAGUGACGCCUGCGUUCAAGUUCUCUUACAAC